GGUGAUCCUUUUAGCAAAAUGAAUGAACCUAAUAAAACACCAAGUAUUGACUCACAAAUAAAAGAGUACAUUAAUAAUACAUGUCAAAGAGCUAUAACAACACUGUUUAAUAGAGUAAAAGAACUGAUAGACCAACAAAAAGAAGAGCAACAACAAUGGAAUAACAACUAA